UCUUUCUACCUAAGCAUAUAAAAGAAAACAACAUAGGGUUGGGUUGAGUUGAGUUUGUGAAAGUCUUUAAUUCCUUAUUCGUAUUCUUCUUCCACUCUCUAUCAUGGAGAGCAACGACAAGAAAAAUAACGAAAGAAGGAAAAGAAAAAUGGUGGAGAAUAACGACAACAAGGAAGAUGAUGAUGAUGUCCAUCUGCUACAAGAACAAGAAGAGAAUGAAGAAGAAAAGAUAGAGCAAUUUUUUGCCUUGAUUCGAAACACAAAAGACAUGAGAGAUCGACUCAAACAAAGAGGAAUAAUAAUUGGCUCAUCUUCUUCAUCAAAACAACAUCAAAAUGAGAAGAAGAAGCAGCUUGAAGAAGAAGAAGAAGAUCAUCUUAGAAAGGGGUCAGGUUUUAAUAAUAAUAAUAAUAAUGUCGGAGCUCAAACAUGGAACCCCAUAUUUCAAGUGGAAGACUUCAUGGAUGAUUCUGCAAAAUCUUCAAAGAAUAUUGAUAUUAAUAUUAAUAUUUCACAAGAUGCAACCACUCAAGAUUUGCUUCCACGUUCUUCAUCCAAAAGCCAAGAAGAAGAAGCUAAAAGAGGUAAUAAUAGUGAUAAUUUAGACUUAAAGCUUUCUUUGUAAAAGCACUUUGUACUAUGCAAUUAUUUAUUUCCCUUUUUGGUAAUUUAAUUUUUUUGGGUAAAUUAUUAAUUAAAUAUAUAUAAGAAUACUUUGAAUAUUGUUGGUUUUGAAUUCA